CCGCCCGCUGUGGGGCGCUCGUCUGGCCUCUUCCUGCAAGAGGCGUGUGCGGGCCCAGCUGGGCUGGGGUAGGGGGUGGGCCUGAACCUCAAGGCGCUGGCCAGGGCCUCCUGUAGGGUCUGCCCGCUUGCGGAGACCUUCAUCCUCUCUGCCCUCACUAGAUAAAGCUGGUGCCCCCGUGGACAAAAUGUGGCCCCCUGAUCUGUCUGGGGAUGCGGGAUGGCUCCUUGAGCACUGGACUCCUCCAGGCAUGGACUGGCCGGGCCUUCCCACAGCUCGGGGCUCGGUCCCUCUCUUUUCCCUUGGCGUCUUCUGUUAGGGUUGGAUCUGCUCCUCUCCUGGGGACAUCUUUGUGGGAAAUCAGCUCGGAGGGGCAGAGGCUGUGAGGAGGACUGUGAGGCUCUUGUGGGGAAGGCACUGGUGGCCAGGGGAGGGAGCUGUGACCCCGGAGUGUGUGUGUGUGUGUUUCCCGGCUGGUGUAGGUGUGUGCGCAUGGCCCAGGGCUCAGGGUCCUCAGAGCCUCAGGUUUCUUGGUAAAUCCGUUAUCACAGAGGGAGGUCGAACCACUGAUUGGUGGAGAGUGGAGUGCAGCAGGGAUCAGGGUGAUAGUCAUAAAUGGAGUCAUUGAAGCUACGCAGCGAGCUGUGAGUGAGGUAGUAGGGUUAUCCUUGUUUUAGGGUGAGGGAACCAAGGCACAGAGAAACCCAGGGUCCUAGACGCAUCAGUGGUGGGGGCAGGCUGAGGACCUCAGCAGGGUGGCUUCAGAAUCCGUGUUCUUAUCCAUCAGCUCCUGGACUGACUUUCCCCCAUGCCAUGUUAGGAUUCACGGAGGAUGUUCCCCAGCUACAAGGUCAAAGUCACAGGCAUGAACCCCAAGACCAAGUACAUCCUGCUGAUCGACAUCGUCCCUGCGGAUGACCAUCGCUACAAGUUCUGUGACAACAAAUGGAUGGUGGCGGGGAAGGCAGAACCGGCCAUGCCGGGCAGGCUGUAUGUGCACCCGGAUUCUCCUGCCACGGGGGCCCACUGGAUGCGGCAACUGGUCUCUUUCCAGAAGCUGAAGCUGACAAACAACCACCUGGACCCCUUUGGCCAUAUCAUCCUCAACUCCAUGCACAAGUACCAGCCGCGGCUCCACAUCGUUAAGGCUGAUGAGAACAAUGCCUUUGGCUCCAAAAACACAGCCUUCUGCACACAUGUGUUCCCGGAGACCUCCUUCAUCUCUGUGACCUCCUAUCAGAAUCACAAGAUCACACAGCUGAAAAUCGAGAACAAUCCUUUUGCCAAGGGAUUCCGGGGCAGUGACGACAGUGACCUGCGUGUGGCCAGGCUGCAGAGCAAGGAGUAUCCCGUGAUUUCCAAAAGCAUCAUGCGGCAGAGGCUUGUCUCCACCCAGCUCGCGGCCAAGCCCGACGUCAGCCCCCUGCACGGUGCACACCAGGCGCUGCAGCACUACCAGUACGAGAACGGGGCCCACAUGCAGUUUGCUGCGGCUGAGCCACAGGACCUUCCUCUCAAUACCUUCCCUGCCCAGAGGGACUCCAGCCUCUUCUAUCACUGCUUGAAGAGACGAGCAGACAGCGCCCGCCACCUGGACUUGCCCUGCAAGCGAUCCUAUCUGGAAGCCCCCUCUUCAGUGGGGGAGGACCACUACUUCCGUUCUCCCCCUCCUUACGACCAGCAGAUGCUGAGCCCCUCCUACUGCAGUGAGGUGACCCCACGAGAAGCGUGCAUGUACUCAGGCUCGGGGCCCGAGAUCGCCGGGGUGUCUGGGGUGGACGACUUGCCCCCGCCCCCACUGAGCUGUAACAUGUGGACUUCGGUCUCACCGUACACCAGCUACAGCGUCCAGACCAUGGAGACUGUGCCCUACCAGCCCUUCCCCACGCACUUCACUGCCACCACCAUGAUGCCUCGGCUGCCCGCCAUCUCCGCGCAGAGCUCCCAGCCACCAGGAAACGCGCACUUCAGCGUCUACAACCAGCUCUCCCAAUCUCAGGUCCGGGAGCGGGGGCCCAGCGCCUCCUUCCCCAGAGAGCGCGGCCUCCCCGCGGUGUGUGAGCGGAAGCCCCCCUCCCCACACCUGAAUGCUGCCAGCGAGUUUCUGUACUCUCAGAGCUUCUCCCUGUCCCGGGAGUCCUCCCUACAGUACCAUUCAGGGAUGGGGACCGUGGAGAACUGGACUGAUGGGUGACUCCGUGCCUCCGUGACAGCCCCCGGACCUUGUUAACCCAGUAGUAACCUCUGUGGGUGGCCUGUACAACCGAGAAACACAGGAAGGUAUUUCACAGCGCGUGUGCAUGUGUGUGUAUGCGUGUGUGUGUGCGCACGCGUGUGUGCGUGUGUACCUGUGCUCAUGCUUCCAUGUAUGUAUUUUGGAGAGCGUCUGUCUUCUGAUGUACGACUGAGGCCAUCAAAGAAAACCAGGAUGAUCUCAGAAACGAUUCUGCUGCAGGGCCUGGGGCUGUUGUCUGGCAUCUCUGGACGUGCCCAUGGUGGGAUGGGAAUCGAGGGUCCAGAGGAGCUAGUUAGAGGCCCCUGGAGCCCGCUCAGGGCCAGGUGGUGAGGUCUCCCCCAGGAAGGCUCUGUACACAUGCUGGAGGUGCAAGGGGAGCAGGAGGCCCACUGCUUUGGCUUCUGAAGGGCCUGUGAGACCACCUGAGAGGUAGGCCCUGCGGAGCCUCCGAGAGGGGUGCAGGCGUCUCAGUCCGCGGUCAGGAAGCUGACUGCUGGGGCUCUGAGCGCUGAGGCUGACUUCCAGGAAGGGUCCCACCUGAUGGGUAUUUUACAGUGGUGGAAGUUUCAUUUUUUCCUUCAAAAGGAGGGAAAAUCAAUAGCAUCUUUGUCACUAUUCGGGGUUUGUCUUAAAGCCCUCACACCUCGGUCCUCAACACACAGGCGACCCCACACCCCCAACCCACACACCCCCUCUGCUGUACCAUACUCAGCCUCUCGGGCACCGCCUGCAGCCUCCUGGGGCUGCAGUUUGGAAGCACACCCAUGUCCCCCUGAGACCACCCUGGAUCUGAUGUCAGGCAUCUCCUGGGCCUGUUCCACUCCCAGGAAAGCCCAACCAGAGAUGGAAAGAGAGAGAGAAUUGAGAAAAAUUCAGUUCUUCCAGAAUAUUCAGCCAGUGUGCACAGGGAAUGAAGGUCGCUUUUCUCCACGAGGUGUCUGGCCCUCAGCCUUGUUCUCUAGCCUUGAACAUCAGCAGACUGGCCUGUGUGGCUGGUGCGAGCUUUAAGUGAAGUUUGGGAAGUCACUCAACUCUUUGCAUGCUGAAUAACCUAUUUAUAUAUUAUAUAAAUGAAUAAAUAAAUAAAUAUAUAUAUCUCACAAAUGCAGGCCACAUGUCAAAUUCAGCUUUGCUUUUUAAAGAUGACUAUUAAACUUAAUAAAAAUGAACAUUGGAGGGGGUAUUCGGAAAGACAUCUAUUUAAAUUUUUAUUACAUGUCUGAUGUUAAAAACUAAGAGCGGUUUAGAUAAAACGUAUAUAUUAUAUAUUAUAUAUAAACACACACACAUACACUGCAGAUAAAGCUUUAUUAGGAAACACGUUAGCUGACAGGUGAUACGGAUCGUCAAGAGUUUUGUUAUAUAGCACGGACGUUUUAUUUUACGUAUCGGAACAUAAAGCCAUUUUACAGCUGU